AUGCUCAUACAAAAUGUUUACCGUCGCAGGCAAAUAAUAAUAACGCAGCAUAUUUUGGGCUCAGACUGUGAGGAUGUAAAAGACUUAAUUGAAGAAAUAAUCGAUAUAGCUGAGGAGGAAGUAAUCGUUGAUGGAGAUACGGAAGUAAAAAUAUCUGAGCCGAUAACCGAUAAUUUAACCUUUGAAGGACCCGUGUAUGCAACUGGUACUAUAAAAAUUGUCGGAAUGUCGUGGCCAAUGUUUCCAAUCUUUGGACGACGACCAUUUAUGAGCACACGAAUGAUAUUUCCUACAUAUUAUUAUAACCCAUUUUCAUAUUUUGUGAAUCCGUAUGAUAUUAUAUACGACAAUGACGAUACUUUAAGUUAUGAUAAAAAAGAAGAAGAAGAAAUAGACAACGAGAAAGUUUUCAUUGAGGAAGAAACGGCAGAUGAUAAUUUGACAUCAGAAAUUAAUAAUGAUUUCUUUAGUAGCAGAAUUCCCGUUUCUGGAAGAUUAAAUAUCUUUGCAAGAUUCUAA